AGAAUAUCGCUGGGCUGGAAGGGCGCAGGGAGUUGGAGGUAACCGAGAGGAGAGCGAGCGAGCGCCGGCGAACCGAGUCACGGAGUCACCGUGGAAAACGUCAACAACAGCAGCAAAAUGCCGAAUAAAACUAAAAAAGAAAAGGAGCCAGCAAAAUCUGCUAAAAGUGGCACUAAAAACAGUGUCGCAGGCGGGGCAAAGGACACCGGACCCGAGAAUUCAGAAGAGGCCCAACAGCAGCAGCAGACGGCGAGCAAACGCCCCAGCAACAGCACCCCGCCUCCUACCCAGCUGAACAAAAUCAAGUACUCGGGGGGCCCGCAGAUCGUGAAAAAGGAAAGGCGCCAGAGCUCGUCACGAUUCAACCUCAGCAAGAACCGCGAGCUGCAGAAACUCCCAGCUCUGAAAGAUACCCCGCCCCACGAGAGGGAGGAGCUCUUCGUGGAGAAACUGCGGCAGUGCUGCGUGCUUUUCGACUUCGUCUCCGACCCCCUCAGCGACCUGAAGUACAAGGAGGUGAAGCGCGCUGGCCUCAAUGAGAUGGUGGAGUACAUCACGCACAACCGCGAUGUGGUCACUGAGGCCAUCUACCCCGAGGCUGUUGCUAUGUUCUCAGCGAACCUGUUCAGGACCCUCCCACCUUCCUCUAACCCGACGGGGGCGGAGUUUGACCCCGAGGAGGAUGAGCCAACACUGGAAGCUGCGUGGCCACACCUCCAGCUUGUAUAUGAAUUUUUCUUAAGACUGUUGGAAUCACCGGACUUCCAGCCAAACAUUGCAAAAAAACACAUUGACCAAAAGUUUGUUUUGUCGUUACUGGAGUUAUUUGAUAGUGAAGACCCCAGAGAAAGAGAUUUCCUUAAGACCAUUCUCCACAGGAUCUAUGGCAAAUUUCUGGGGCUGAGAGCAUAUAUACGACGACAGAUCAAUAAUAUAUUCUACAGAUUUAUAUAUGAAACGGAGCAUCACAAUGGAAUUGCAGAGCUCUUAGAAAUAUUAGGAAGUAUAAUCAAUGGUUUUGCUUUACCGUUGAAAGAAGAGCAUAAAAUGUUCCUGAUCAGAGUAUUGCUGCCAUUGCACAAAGUGAAAUCACUUAGUGUGUACCACCCACAGCUGGCUUACUGUGUGGUGCAAUUUCUGGAAAAAGACAGCAGUCUAACAGAACCAGUCAUUAUGGGCCUGCUGAAGUUCUGGCCAAAGACCCAUAGCCCAAAGGAGGUGAUGUUCCUCAAUGAACUGGAAGAGAUCCUGGAUGUUAUAGAGCCAUCUGAGUUUGUAAAAGUCAUGGAACCUCUUUUCAGACAGCUGGCCAAGUGUGUGUCAAGUCCACAUUUUCAGGUGGCAGAGAGAGCUCUUUAUUACUGGAACAAUGAAUAUAUCAUGAGCUUGAUAAGUGAUAAUGCAGCCAAGAUCCUUCCUAUCAUGUUCCCAGCCCUAUACAAGAACUCUAAAAGCCACUGGAACAAGACAAUCCAUGGGCUCAUCUACAAUGCACUGAAGCUCUUCAUGGAGAUGAAUCAGAAGCUGUUUGAUGACUGCACACAGCAGUAUAAAGCAGAGAAGCAGAAAGAAAAGUACAAACUGAAGGAACGUGAAGAGAUCUGGCACAAGAUUGAAGAGCUGGCUCACCAGAACCCGCAGAGUGCAAAGAUUUAUCCCUCAAUGACCUCCAGAUGUGUCACUGGUUUUCACCCUCAAGAUGAGUUCAUGAUGUACAGUGAGAGCUCAGCCCUGAUGCCUUUAUACUCCAUGGAGACCGAGACCCCAACUGCUGAGGAUAUCCAGCUGCUGAAGAAAACUGUGGAAACUGAGGCCACACAGGUGACCAAGGACAUGAAGAAGGACAAGGUGUUGAUGCGCCGGAAGUCGGAGCUGCCGCAGGAUGUGUAUACUAUUAAAGCCCUGGAGGCCCACAAGCGUGCAGAGGAGUAUCUGACAGCCAAUCAGGAAGCUCUCUGACUAGGGAGCCCCUCCCACUUCCCCUCUCUCCACCCCGAAUGCUUUCCACCCAUCUGGAGAGCCCUGUCUGCAAAGACCCUAGCUAUCACACACAUCCUCACCCACGCACACACACCAGACAGACAAGACGCGCACGCACACAAAUAGAACAUUGGUAUACCAUGCUGGGUCACAAGGAAAGAAGAUCCUAAAAAAUCAGUCAGCAGUGUUUUUGUGUCUCUUUCCUCAUGUUUUUUUCCUUUUCCCACUCUUUGUGUUUUUUCCCUUUCAUUGAGUGUAGCCUCUGACUAGGAAAUCUGCAGCCACUGUAAGGCUCUGAAGAGAAGGUGUUAGUAGGUAACAAGACUUGUCACUUUAUUAGUAUUGAAGAAACUAAAAGCACUUAAAAACGCAGGCUUCCUUCACUGUGUUUUUUUUUAAGCUAUCCAUUUUACUUGUAGACAUUUUUUCCAGGAACAUAUAUAGUAGCCCUAUUUUUAUCCAAAUGUGUAAUGUUCUCUUUUAAAGAGGCAGUACCAUUGCUUGUUUAGUUUAUUCAUUGGGUUUAAUUCAUUUUGGUUUUAUGCUUCUAAAGAUUGAGUUUUCUGAAUCAUUGCCUUCACCUCAAGUAUUGCACUUCUAUGCCGAGUUUCUGAAAGAUCUCCUUGUGUAGCAGCCUGUGUUGAAAAGACUGCACCAUUUGCUACCUGUACUGUAUUUGUUCCAUUCAAAAUGGAUGAUUUUUUAUUGCAUCAUUUUGAAAGAAUCUUGAAUGACGGGAUUUGAGCCUUCAGUUUUUAAUAUUUUAAGGCCAUGUGACAGUGGGCAAUAUAUGCAGUCAUUUGGCUCUGAGCUGGAGGAACACAAGUAUACAUACUCCCUUCCUGGAUGCUAUAAAUGUCAAUACACUCAUUCCAAAUGGUUUGAAGAAUCAGGGCUUAAAGAAUUUCUGCUAUAUUGUGAAAGAUUCCAGUAUUGAAUCCGUUUUGGCAUUAUUUUCUUGGGUUUUGUGCACAGGUGAUUAGAAAGAUCAGGUAUGAUGAAUUCAGCCAGUUCUAGAGGUAGUUAAGAGACUCAGGAAGUGUAACAGGCGUGACCCCCUGAACAGACGUCAUAGUAUUUUAAUUAUAGUGAGAACGUCUUUGAUACCCAUCUGCCUUUUUUGGAAAGUGUUACAUUUAAAGUCAUUUGUACUCCGUGUAAAACAUCCUCUCCGCCUUUAGUGUUCAGUUCUAUAAUUUCAUUCAAGCUGUCCAAAGGACAGUGGAAAAAGCACUAGAAAGUGUCACCAUUGGUAAUGGCUGCUACCUCAGCACCAGAUAGUGUCCCCAGUUGUGAGGAUCCUUGUUUUCUUUCCUCCCAUGGUCUCUUGACACCUGUUAGUCGCAGCUACCUCCUUGUGCUAGAGACGCCUCCUAAGUCGUUUUUGUUGAGCUAGCAUUCUUGCCCUUAAUGUAGAUAGAUUUCAUGGUAUUGUACAGUAAGAGCUUGUACAUUAGCUUGAUCGCUGUCUGUUUUAAAUGCUUUAGUGCUCAAUUUAAUCUUCUGGGGUAUCUGUUGCUGUGAUGAAUGGGACUAGCUCUGGUUUUGGGACUAGUUCCUUAUAUGGACUAAGUAUUCUAGAUUAUGACUGUAACCAAUGUGGCCAUCUAGUGGUUGUGCAAAAGGAGAUGCCAUGUGGAUCUACAGUUUUCUAAAUGCUACAUUUAAGAUCGUUUUAAUAAUUUAACAUUUGUGAAGGCAGAAUGUCUUUUACACUUCAACAAUGUUGUCACCUACAAAGACUAUUAUCGAGCAAUCUGCCAAAUUUUAAAAAGGUGAAAUACUGGCUUUGCUGUUGGCUUUUUACUUAAAGGAUGUGAAAAUAUCAACUGCCUUCAUAGUUUUAUUUUUGGUUAUGCAGAGAAUGGCAUUGUGAACAAGCAAUUGUUCCCAUGCUGAGCAUUAUUUUAUGUUCUGGCAAGCAGACUUCAGGCUCAGUUCUAACCAAGAGCAGAGCGGUCAUCUUCUCUAGCAGCUGUUGGCUUCACCACAGCUGGAGGGCUAGCUUCCUGUUCUGUCUCUCAGUGGGUUUUGUGUAGCAAUUCAGUCUGGUGAUUUUGUGCUUGGCAAGGGAGCUGUGUAGACAGACUGCAUUAGUACUAACGCUUAGAGAGGGAGUUGUCAUACAGUAUGGGUGGAACUAUUUUGUGAUCCAACUGGAUCUCAAGGAAUCAGUGCCAUGUACAAAGCAUGUCCUGGUUGCUGUUUGUUUUCUGAAGGCAUGAACUGCCUGCGUUGUACCUUUUGAGUGUAGUGUCCAAGUUACACUACUUACAGAUUUGUUCCUAAUUUUUCAAAGGCUGCAGUCACUGGAAAUGAAAAUGCUGACUCAUGUUUUAGAAACAAACUACUAAUUGCCGUUGCAAGCAUAGGGAAUCUCUUCAUCUCACCCAGCCCCUUGAAAACCUGUGAUUUAUUAUUUAGACUCUGUCAUAGAUUGUGAACAACAUUUUUAUGGUGCCGAAGCAAUAUUUAAAAAACAAUUUAAAACAUGCACUUGGUGUACGGGAGCGCUAUACAAUCCUCUUAUUAGGAAUAUACACGAAAGUAAAAAGGUGAGAUUUGCUUAUUAUUCAGGCUCAUUAUAAGAAAAAAGAAAGCCUGCAGUUACUGUUGCGAAUAUUUGUGUACUGUAUAUUGUAAUGUAUAUUGCUUAGGGUUGCAGUCCCCCUCCUCAUUCCUCCUGUCCUCCCUGCCUGGUCUGGACUCCUCCCCUCCUCUCCCCUGUCCUGCUGCACGAUCUCCCUUUUCUGUUGUGGGGUCUGGAACUUGAGCUUCUGUCCUUCUCUUUCUAAUCAUUCCAACGGUGGGGAACACUUCUCUCAGAGGGCAGCUGCUGGACAAAGUGACCAUAUACACUAUACUACUACUCAACUUUGCAAAUAUCUAAAGUGGCAUUUCUGUAUAAGGCAUGAAAACAUGUUUGAUCCUAAAAUGGCUUGAGGUUCCCUUUUCCCCAGUCAUGAAAUGGUCACUUAGUUGUUUUGUUACUGUAAAGCUAAGAGGAAGUCAGGUUUAUUUUUCUACUUGGUUUACAAACUAUCAAAUAUCUGCUUUUUCAUUUGGAUCAAAUGACUGAAUACCUCAGAAUAUAUAGGGCUGUAGCACUGAUUUAUUGGAACUGUGGAACCAUUAUCUGGCUGGUUAGGUUUAAGACCCUGUUUUCAAUACUUACCCCCUCAUUCCAAAACAGUACACAGUUACUAUAGAACAGGCAGCUUUUUAAAUACAAUGUCAUAGUACUUUUUUAAUGGUGUAGUUACAUUUCAUACUCUACUAUAAGGUACAGAUAGGUUUUGAAAGUCUUAGUUUUGAUGGUGUCUUGUGACCAGUACAUCUUUUACCUAUAAAGAAAGCAUGUUCGUCUUGGGCUGUACCAAAGAUCAGUGAACAUGGGCUGUUGUCUACACAACCACGAUAAAUGUUACUGCUUUCAUCUACCACAAGCAGACUCCAUUUCCUUGCCCUGCUUUCCCAAGUCCAACAGCCCUCUCAGACAUUCCUUCAAGCAGAUUUUGAGAAACUGUGUCCUUCAGAGCGGUCUGGUGUGAACAGCCUUUUGUGGGAACCAGAGGAGAGGACAGGGUGCUCAUUUUGUCCAGCAGCUGAGCUGAGCAUAAUGCCUAGAGGGCUGUAAGAAUUAAGGGUCUCUCCACUACCACAACUCCCCCCAGUUCUGACACUAACAUUAAGCUGCUUUCCAGGUCAUAUGUACAUAUGUUGUACUUUAGGUAGAGCAUUACAUAGUAUGAAAAUGUCAUAUUUUGUACAGAUGUUCAUGUAUGUACAGAACAAAAUAAAGUCUCUUGAAACAAA